AAGGCGUUACAUCUUUGCUCCGCCUAAAAGGCGUUCCAUCUUGCAUCAAUGAAGACAAUACUUUGGUUUGUUCUCUGUUGUUGUGCCUUAUCGGCGAGGGCAAGUAAUCAAAAUACGAUCCCCGGUACUACACCAUUAUCAGACGAAAUCUCUGGGUUCAGUUUGGAGUUGCUGCUAACUAAGCUAGACUACAUCCAGCAUAUGCAAGAAAAGUUGCAUGAUAAGUUGUUUGCAGCCGUUGGUAAACUUGAGAGUGAAAUUGGACGUAAUUUCAGCAAGCUACAAGAACGAUCGUCGCAACAAGGAACGUGCGUUAACCAUGGCGUCAUUGGCAUACCGGAAAUACCGAAACAUAAUACUACCGCAUCAACAACGGAACAGAUCGCUGGCCUUGCUUAUUCGUCGUGCAGAGAGGUGCCAUCGAAUGUUUCAGGAUCAUAUCUCAUCCGUGUUAACAACGAAAGUGAACCAUUCAGGGCGUACUGCGAACAGCAAGCAUUCGACGGAGGUUGGCUGGUGGUGCAGCAUCGAUUCGAUGGAUCACUGGAGUUUUUCCGCUACUGGUCCGAGUAUCGAAAUGGUUUCGGGGAUGUUGAGAAAGAGUUUUGGCUCGGCCUGGAGAAGCUUCAUCAACUCACGACGGAGCGUCCACAUGAGUUGAUUAUUGAAAUUAAGGACUUUCGUGACUAUUAUGCUUAUGUCCGCCAUAACUCGUUCGCCGUUGGCAGUGAAAGUGAGAAGUAUAGACUCAAAGCACUGGGAGCGUCCAGUGGAACAGCUGGAGAUGCGCUGGCCUAUGGCUUGGGAAUGCAGUUCUCAACGCAGGAUCGGGACAAUGACCGAUGUAACGUUAAUUGCGCUGCUGUUUACAAGGGUGCUUGGUGGUACAACACGGGUCCUUACUCAAAUUUGAACGGAUUGUACAUGAAUUCCAGCGAUGGUAGAGCGAUGGUAUGGUAUACCCUUACAAGGACCUACAUCGGAAUGAGUUAUUCGCGUAUGAUGAUUCGCCCUUUGAAGUAGCAAAGCAGUUUUGAUUCGCAUACGAAGGUUCUGUUUAUAUCAACACGAUACAUGAUUUU